AUGGAUCUUUCUCCUGACUCUCUAAUGCAAUGCUUGGCUGCAAUGCCUAAGCCUUCUCCGGCGUUGUCCAUCUGCGGCAGAGGUUGGCUGGCCCUCAUAAGGCCGCCGCAGCUUUUGUUGAGGCUCCGGAAAUGCGCCGAUCUGGAUAGCCAAUUGCUUCGUGCCUUCUUCCAUGCUCUCUACGCAGAGCGCUCGAACAAAGAGCACGGUGGAACGGUAGAAGCAGUCAGCAAAAUGAAUCUCGAUCACAUCGUCGAUGGGGAGACUGACGCCGAUCUCGACACACACGAGGAAGACCCUGCAGAUACACUCCGCAAAGUGCUAGUCAGUUUGGACGACUUCGAAGCAAGAGAAAAAAUGGCCAUUGACCACGGAGGGAUACUUCAACGCCAGUACGAAGCCCUAGAAGCUGAACUUUCAGCCUCCGCGUCUGACAAUGUUGUUUCAGGCCCUCCACCGCUGGUAUGCAAAAGCUGUUCGAAAACCUUCUACACACCAGCCGUGGAUGGCCUGAGCCGUCUUCGCUUUAUUGGGUUGCUGAUCGCCGCAAAGGAAGAGGAACAAAUGUGCCAGCUGCAUGAAAUCCACCAGCACAACUUCGAAAGAGAUGGGCUGCAUCUUCCAAGGCUUCCUGGUCUCCUUCGUGAAGGGAUGAUAGUUGGACGCGUUAACGAUCUGCUAGCGCUCACUCCUCAUUGCACCUAUGCGCACAUGUUUGCAUAA